AUGGAUUUAGUAAAACACCUUAAUAAAAAUGAGAGGAUUCGCAACAUAUGCAUACUGGCCCAUGUAGAUCAUGGGAAGACCACCCUGGUCGAUAAUCUGAUAAGCUCUAACAAAAUUAUAAGUGACAAGAACAUCGGGAAGGUGAAGUACCUGGAUAGCCGCGAGGACGAGCAGAAGAGGCAGAUCACCAUGAAGAGCUCCAGCAUCCUUUUGAAGCACACUUACAACAAGGCCUACUUGGACGAGUUGUUCCGCGACCGGGGGGGCGACCCGAAGCCGGGAGUGGACAAAGAUAGGCACGUCAUUAGCGCGGAGGGGAACACCUCCAACAAGCAGAUUCCCACCGCGAAUGGAGAAGAAUUCAAACCCACUGCAGGCCCAAAUGACAACGCGAGUAGCACUCGCAGCAUCAUCAAGAGGAGAGAGGAGACGCAGGCGUCCUCGUUCGCCUCCGCAGACGCCGAAACCGCGGAAGAUAGAAACACACACCUUAUUAACAUCAUAGACACCCCCGGACACGUCGACUUCUCCUCCGAAGUGUCCACGUGCAUUCGAAUCUGUGACGGAGCACUGAUAUUGGUGGACUGCAUAGAAGGAAUGUGCAGCCAAACCAAAAUUGUAUUCAGACAAACGUGGAAAGAAAUGAUAAAAAGUAUUCUUGUCAUUAACAAAAUCGAUAAGCUAAUAACCAAUCAAAAUAUGGACAGCAUAAGUGCAUACGAACAUAUAAAUAAUAUCAUCGAGCAGGUCAAUGCGUACAUUUAUCAAUUAUACGUCGAAGAAAAUAUGAACAACGAGAAUGUUGAAACGUCUGAAUUGGAGAAGUACACGUAUUCCCCAUUAAAAGGAAAUGUCCUCCUGUGUAGCAGCACACACUCCUGGUGCAUAGAUAUGAACAUCUUCUCCACUCUCUUCUGCAAAAAAAUGAACAUAAAUAUGAACAAUUCUGAUAAAAUAAAAAAAUACCUGUGGAGUCAAUAUUAUUUCAAUACCAAAGAGAAAAAAAUCUUAAAAAUAUCAAACGAUACAAGUACAUACGCAGGCAACAAUAAUUUUUUAUGGAAAAUUUACGACAUUACAACAAUAAAUAGGGAUGACGAACAGAUAAAAAAAUUAUGUCUCGAGUUAAACAUUUCUACCUAUUUUUUAAAAAAAAAUCAGCAGAAUAAUGUCGAAAAUAAUACGUUCAUUCUCAUUUACAUCAUGUCGCAUUUUUUAAAUUUAUCAAGGUCAAUUUUUAAUUCCUGUAUUGAAAUUUUUCCUUCGCCCAAAAAUAUGGACCCAAAUAGACUCUUCAAAAUUUAUCCCUCAUUGUAUAAUGAAGACAUCUAUCGCAACAUAAUUGAAUGUUCCUCCUCCACGGACUUUACCAUCAUUUACAUUUCGAAAUAUAUUUGUGCCAAUGUGCAAAACAAUACUCUUAUAGGCUUCCGAGGUUUUUAUGACAAAAAUACCUUCCUGUCCAUAUGCCGGAUUUAUGCUGGCAUUUUGUACGAAAAUAUGUUCCUCUACAUUUGCGGCAGGGGAAUCAAAACUGUGGUCAAGAAGAUUUACAUUUGCAUGGGAGGGGACCUCCUACCCAUUGGCCAGGCCUACGCGGGCAACAUAGUGGCCGUCUACUUGUCCAUCGUCAACGUGGAUGCCUCACACAUGGGAGACAGCGAUGGUAUGGGCGGCACCAUUGGUAGAACUCGAAGCAGUGGUAGUGGCGGCAGAAGCGGUAGUGGAGACCAACCCAGGGAAAACGCCAAAAGAGAGGACGAUUCUACUUCCCCCUGGCGACAAGAUCACCCCCGAUUCGAAACAGAUAAUAUUAUGAACCAGUCGGGAAACUUUCUCCAAGGGAAAGAAACCGAAGCGGAGACCGAAGCGCAGAUCGAAGCGAAGACAGAAUCCGGAAGCCCCAGCAAUAUACCCCUAAACAUAAACUACCACGAUGGGGGAAAAAACGAUUUGCAGUACCUCUCAAACACGCUGAUGAAUUUGACAAAAAACAAACGAAGUAAAAAAGAGCACAACAUAUUUAUAAUGAACAGUGAUGGGGUGUUUCUAAACAAAAAUAUCACUUUGUCCAAUUACAAAAAUGCGGACUCGUUUAUCCUGCCCUUCACGGAUACAUGCUCAACCAUACUGCAUACCAUAAUCGAACCGAAGAACAUUCAAGAUAUGAAUAAAUUUUUGUACGGCUUAAUCCUACUCUACACAUGUGACACAUCCAUCGACAUCGAUUUUAACGAAAGGGGGGAAUACAUUCUCAAGUUCUGUGGAGAAAUACACAUGCAGAAGUGCCUCUCCGAUUUUGUAAACAUUUACAGCAACAUCGAAAUUAAAACGUCCGACACGAAUAUUUCCAUUAGGGAAGGAAUACAAGAAAAUGUCGUAAAGGUAAAAAGGAAGAAAAAUAAAGUACAAGAAAGUAUGAAAGAUUUGCACACACAUUAUAUCAAAAUUAGCAUGGACAAUCAAGUCAAGUGCGGGAAGUGUUCUGCAAGUACGGAAGGUCCAAAAGAGGCCAACAAUAGAGGUAUCCCAGAUAGUGACAGUGGAAGCGUAAAGGGGAUAGAAAAAAGUGCCUCUCAUAAUACCGUCGAUGAUGACCGCGAAAGAACCAACUGUAACAAUCCACGUGGCUACAAAAUCGAACAAGCAGACAACCAUUCGACAAGCAUCUUCAGACACAUCCAGCUCGAAAAAGAAAAUCACUUCCUAAACAUCCUUUUCAAUUACAGUCACAACAUAAUCUGCCAAAAGCUAAACAACAACUCCUUUUACGUUUUUUUAAGUGCUCUAAAUAUGCCCACCAAUUUGCUCAACUUUUUUGAUAAACAUUAUUCAAAUAUACAAGCCGUGUUAGAAAACAGGUCCAUAUCUCCCUGCUUUUUAAAUUAUGACAAGACUGAUUCGUCCAGCACAAAUGAACACGUCAUGUACAAGCAGUGUCUGAUCAACCUGGAGAGGUGCGUCAACGAUUUGUGUUUCUGCGACGAGGCAGUGGAGGACAAGUCCUGCGCCCCCGCGGGGUUGGACGGAGCCGAUACGGGAAAAAGCGCUGUCAGUGGUGUUAGCGGUGUUAGUGGUGUUAGCGGUGUUAGCGGUGUUAGCGGUGUUAGCGGUGUUAGGGGUGUUAGCGGUGUUAGGGGUGUUAGCGGUGUUAGGGGUGUUAGCGGUGUUAGCGGCGUUAGCGGUAUUAGCGGCAUCAGCAGCAUCAGCGGCAUCGGAGGCGUCAACCCCGUUGGCAUCAUCGACAGUGUGAGGGAAGGCCCCGCGCCUGGCCCCCCCUGCAGCGAAGAGAAAGCCAGCCAGAUGCGCAAGAACAAGAAUUACCAACUGGAGCUCUGGGACGUGUGCGUGCAAAACGGAAGCGUCACCCUGCUGUACAUCAAAAAAUAUUUUAGCAAAAAGAAAAAUGACCAAUACUUGCUAGACAACAUCAUAACGAAUGAGAAGUACAAGGAGAUAAUUAACCAGAGGUCCUUCGUCGACACCUACCUCUCAGACACCAACAGCGACGUAAACAUCUACUUGAACAAUUUAUGCCUCGGAUUUAAGAUGGCUUCAAAAUAUGGCCCCAUCGCCCAAGAGCCUAUCAGAGGAUCCCUGUUCAUCAUCGAGGGCCUAAUAAUUGACGAGGCAGAAAAUGGAGACCUAAUAGAAGACGUAAACCCAGAGGAAGAAAAUAGUGAAUAUAAAAUUAACGCAGGGAAUAUCAUUGCACUAAUGAAGGAAGCUUGUUUAAAUGCUGUCCUACAAAAUAAACUACGCAUAUUCGAACCCAUGUUAAGAUUAAAUUUGACAUGUGAGAGCAACGUCCUGGGGAAAGUCUACAACGUUCUGCUCAAAAGAAGGUGCUCAAUUUUAUCAGAGGAAAUCAAAGAUGGCUACUUUCUAUACUGCAUAGAUGCCUACCUCCCUCUCUUUAAUUCCUUUAAGUUGGCAGAAGAGCUAAGGUCGAAAUGCUCUGGAAAUGUUAUUUAUGAUAUCCAGUUCAGCCACUGGAACAAGCUGAACGAGGAUAUUUUCCUGUCAAAUGAUACCUCCACUGUCGUCUACGACGAAGACUUCGACGUUAAGUUGAUGGAUAACACGGCCACAGAGAUUGUUAACUUCAUUCGGAGGGCGAAGGGCCUAGAAACGAAGGAGAAGAUAAUACAGAAGCCAGAGAAGCAGUGCACCCUCAAAAAGUAA